AUGUCAAAAGUUCAAGCCUCUGUCGUUAAAGUUCCAGACAGUGAACUCAUUGAAUUUCUUCAACGUUACAUUCGACGUAAGAGGAAAUAUUAUGCCAUCGUUGAAUUUAUACAGUCAGGAAUGCAAAAGACUUCUGAGGAGAUGGAAAGAAUUAUUGACAAACACCACUUACGUCAAUACUCAGGAGUAUACGAUAUGAAACGACUUACAAACUACAUUCUGUCAAAACUUUCAAAAUACCCCUUCAAAAAAUAUCCAUCAAACACUUUAUUAGUUUGUGAUGAUUUCGCUGGUAAAGGUUUAGUGUCAAAACCAGACUCACCAUUAGCUAACAUCAUUACUAAAGUCAGACAUUACCACUUAACUGUAGCAAUACUUAUGCAAACAUGGAGGUUUUUAGCUUUAAACAUAAAACGUCUCAUAACUGACUUCGUUAUCUUUCAAGGUUUCUCACGUUAUGAUAUUGAACUCAUUUGGAAACAGUCAGGUAUAACAUUACCUUUUGAAGAAAUUUGGGAAGCAUAUAAGUCUCUCAUCUCUCCUCGUUCAUACCUUGAGAUUCAUAUCAUGACUAAUACCAUUAAAGUCAAAAAUAUUCCAUGGGAACGACCAACAUUGUUUUAA